GUUUUUGCAGGUCCAGUUGGUCUGGGUGAGCAGAGAUGAAUUUCAAUAAAUUCGCUACAGAGGCAACGCGGGUCCCCCAUGACUUUUCUCUGUCUCAGUGUGCGCUAUCUUGGGCUAUUAUAUACCGUUGCGAGAUAUGGUGAUUUUCAGGGUCCUGACUACUCUUGGCUGGAUGCAUAUGACAUCAUGCAACAUCGUCCCAGAAAAAAUCAGAUCCGUGUAGGGGAGAUAAUCACGAAUCCGCCGCUUCCUGAAGCAACAGUAAGCACGGUGCUACAUGGUAUUCACAGAGCCUAAUCGGUGACGCGACCGCGCGCCGGACGCGAGCAAAUCGCAGCCUCUCAUUGCGACGACCACGGCACAUUUCGCAUAAUUCUUAACGCAUGACCAGAGUGAUC